CAGGAAGUUCGGUAGCGUAGCAAGCCGGUGCUGGAGGAAGGCUGGAGUUAGUUGUGCCUUUUUAAAGGAGAUUCAGCUGCAGUUUGUUUCACGACGCUGAUUUUAACCUGGUGAAACAGAGUAAGAAUAAAAGGCUCCACGUGUAACCAGCCUCUGUCUGAUGAUUCAGCAGGAUGACACCUGACACCUACGUUUCUUUAUAUAAUCCUGUGUUGUGAAAUUAUAAAUAAAUGUGCCUUCGUGACUGUCCCACCAUAGUGAACCCUACUGCCACAUCUCACCAGCAGAUCCGACCAUGGCGCUCCAGUUUGUGUAUAGCAACCAGGACUUUGUCACAGAUGUGUGUAGGAGCGAUGGAAACUGUCUCGGGAUGGCCUCAAAGUUAGCAAAGUUUGACACGACUAUCCAAGCCGGCUGGACAGACAGGAUGGACAGGGGCCUCUUCCGCUACCAUCUGGGUGAUUUACAAACGCGUAUCCUGCCGGGCCCGUGUGGCUAUGUGGCCCAGCUGAACAUUCAAAGAGGGAUAGAGAGAAGAAAGCCUCAGGAGAUACUGAGCAUCCAGCAGGAGUUCAGUGCAGAACAGUUUAAUUUUAACAAAAUCAAUUCAGAAGAAAUCGUAUUUGAUAUGAUAAAGGAUGCUGAGGGAGAGAAUGAAAAGGAAAAGCUGCAUCAACCCUGCAGGAUUGUUGUGCUGGUCAAUGUCAGCCCUUUGGAGUUUGGACAUUGUCUCCUUGUUCCAGAACCUUCACACUGUUUCCCACAGGUCUUGACGACAUUCGCCAUCCAGGCCGGUAUUGAAUCCGUGCUCCUGAGUUCCGAUCCCGGCUUCCGGGUGGGGUUCAACAGUCUCGGAGCAUUUGCGUCUGUAAAUCACUUACACCUGCACGGGUAUUACCUGGACCAUGAGCUCAAGAUCGAAUCUGUGCCAGUCAAGCCGCUGGUUCCUGAAAAGGGGUUUUAUGGCAUGCUCGACUUUCCUGGAGGCUUUUUGUUUUACGCAGAAUCAGAGUGGGUGGAGAAAGUUGCCAGAGCCAUCUGUCAAGUCACAGACUUUCUUGUGGAUGGUAAUAUUGCUCACAACCUGUUCUUGACUAGAGGGUGUCCACCCUGUGAUCGCAUACAGAACGAAGAGGAUCGCCGUUUGAGAAAAGGCGUUCGUAUCGCAGUGUGGCCCAGAAAAUCAUGCUUCGGCACCAAGGGGGAGUCUGCCUUCAAUGUUGCUCUUUGUGAGCUGGCUGGACAUUUACCAUUUAAGAACAAGAAGGACUAUGAGCUCACUACUGAGAAAGAUGUAAAAGACAUCGUCCAGAGGUACCUACUGCCAGACACAGAGUUUCACAUGCUGGAACAGCAGCUUACUCGUCAUUUGAUGGAUUGAUAAAGUACCAAGUACCAAAAGUACCAGUAUCAAGCUAACUGAAGCUACACAUUCUUCACUAUUUCAGAAAAUCAAACUGGGUAAUGUGUGUAGGUUUUUACUGACAUCAGUUGAGAAACUGAGUCUGUUCACACUGGAUUGUACGUUUGGAGCUAGGCUGAAUGUCCUUUUCUGCAUCUGGCCUAAGUAUAACAUUGGAUGGGCUCAAGAAUCGCACAUAUAUUUAUCAGUGAGAAUAUAUUUAAGG